AUGCGUUUUAUAUUCAUAGCUAGUUUUCCAACUUGGUUGAUCCGCCUAAUUGAAUCUGAAGCAGGUAAUGAUAGUCGUACAACAGAAGUAAUAGUUAUUGAAUUACCGUGGCCAUCAACAUUUGUUCGAGCAUCACUUGUUAAUGAUUCAAUAAGUAAAUCAAUUGUUGUUAAUUUAACUUGGACACCUAAUUUUGAUGGAAAUAUGCCAAUUGAACGAUAUACAAUUCAAAUGAAAGAUAGUACAUUAUCAGAUAUAAAUGAAUUUUCUUCAUUAAAUGAUGAAAUAGGAUGGGAAAAUAAAGAAGAUAUUAUUAUACAAAAAAAUUCUACAAAAACUUGGAAUUUAUUACGUGGUCUUCGACCAUUUACAACUUAUAGUUUUCGAUUAUCAGCUUGGAAUCAAUUAGGAGAAGGCCAAGUAAGUGCUCCAAGUGACAAAGUUACUUUGCCGGAAGAAAUUCCAAGUGGUACUGUUAAGUCUCUAACAGCUAUUCCUCGUGAUUCAACAUCCGUUUUUAUUGAAUAUACAAAACCAAUUGAAUCAAGUAUUAAUGGACAAUUAAUUGGUUAUGAUAUUAAUUAUGCAUUGAAUUAUCCAAAUUUAAAUUGGAAAUCAAUUCGUGUUAAUUCAUCAACACAAUCAUAUAUUUUAAAAGAUUUAAUGACAUGGGAAUCAUAUUUAAUAUCUGUAUCUGUUGUUAAUAAUGUUGGUAUUGGUCCAGCAAGUGAAAUAAUUAAAGUUCGUACUCUUGAAGGUAUACCAAGUCGUGCACCAACAAUUAUUCAAUAUGAUCCUCUGAAUUCUACAGCAAUUAUUAUUAAAUGGCACGGUCCAUCUUCAUCGUAUAUUAAUGGAAUUCUUAAUUCAUUUAAAAUAGAAUUAAUUGAUUUAAAUCGAAAUAUAACAUUAUAUCAAGAACAACAAGCUAAACCUAUUGAAUUCUAUCAACUUAUUAUUAGUAAUUUAAAAAAAUAUACAAAUUACUCAGUUAGAAUUAAUUGUGCAACUAAAAUUGGUAGUGGACCAUGGUCAUCACCAAUGAUCUAUGUUCAAACACUUGAAGAUGUUCCUGAUCAAGUAGAAAAUUUAACUUUUUCUAAUGUAUAUGAUACAUCAUUGGAUAUAAGUUGGCAAAAACCAUUUGAAAUAACUGGACAUUUAAUUGGUUAUGAACUUGAAUGGUAUCAAAUGAAUAAUACACAAUUAAGUUUAUCUAAUCGUUCAAUCAUUGAAAUUGAACCUGAAUUAACAACAUAUAAAAUAAAUAAUUUAUCAGCAACAACAUGGUAUAUAAUAAGUGUUCGAGCAAAGACACGAAAAGGUUUUGGUGCAAAACGUUCAGCAUCAAUUGAAUCAGGUUAUCCACCUGAAAUGCCAUCACCACCAACUAAUCUUGAAAUUAUUUCGAUUGAAAAACGUUCGGUAACAAUUAAAUUUUCACCUGGUUAUACUGGUAAAACAAAUAUUUUACGAUAUAUUGUUCAAAUUCAAAUGAGAAGUAAUAAUUCACAAUGGGAUAAUAUUCAAUCUUUUAAUAUUGAACAAUCAAAAUUAAUUAUUCGUGAUUUAUAUUCUAAUAAAUUAUAUCGAAUACGAAUGUUAGCUGUUAAUAUUAAAGGAACAAGUAAUGCAAGUAUUCCAACAGAAUUCUUUCGAACAAAACCCGAUGUACCAUCAAGUGUACCACAAAUUUUAUUAGCACAAGCGAUUAAUUCAAGUGCUAUAAGAGUUCGAUGGAUGCCGAUUGCAACUAAUGAAUGGAAUUCAAUAUCAUCAACUGGAAAGGAUAUUGGUUAUAUAUUAUCAAUCAAUGAUUCCAUAGGAAGAAAUAUUAAAAUUGAAGAUCCAUUAAAAACCGAAUUUAUAUUUAAUAAUUUAUCACCAGCAAAUACAUUAUUUCUUAUUAGAUUACAUACUUAUAAUCGUAUUGGUAUGAGUAAAAUUUCAAUAGAAACUAUUGAAAAAACAUUUGAAAAUGUACCUCUUCAUCCACCAUCAAAUAUUCGAAUUGAUUCAAUAAAUGGAACAUCUGCUAGAAUUCAUUGGAAUUCAUUAAAUCCACUUGAUCAAGGUGGUUUUAUUACUAAUUAUAAGAUAAUGUAUUUUUCAUUAUUAUCACCGCAAAUAAUUCAUAACAUUGAUUAUUCGAAUAAUAGUUCAUUGAUUAGUUAUAUUUUAAAUAAACUUGAUGGUUAUACGAAUUAUUCAUGUUCAAUAAGUGCAUGUACAUCAAGUGGAUGUAGUGAAUAUAGUCAAUCAUUUAUAUUUAUUACACAUGAAAGUGUUCCUUCAAAACCAACUGAAGUUUUCUUUCCUGAUGUUGAUCAUUGGUCUGCAAGAAUGACAUGGCAACCACCAACAAAACUAAAUGGAAUUCUAAUUGGUUAUAGACUUGUAUAUUGGCGUUCAGAUGAUGAACAAACACGUAUUGAAAUUGAUAAUUUAACCAGUAAAACAAAUUCUUAUUUAGUUGAAAAUCUGGAAAAAACAACUCCAUAUACAUUUAUUCUAUGUGCAAAAACUCGAAUAGGUUGUGGUGAAACAAGUAUUAAUCGUUUAUUAACAAUGGAAAAACGAGAUCGACCUGCUGCUCCUCAUCCACCAACAAUAAUUGAAUCUUCAAUUAAUUCAACAAGUAUAAUAUUAACAUGGCGUAAAGAUUCAGAUUUUAAUUAUGCACCAAUAAGAUAUUCAUUACUUGAAUAUGAAGAAGAACAUACACCAUCAUGGAAGUCCUAUGAUUCAAUUAAUAAACCUGAUGGACAAAUAACAAAACUACGCAUUGAAAAUUUAAAACCAAAUACAAAAUAUCGUUUUCGAUUAGCAUCACAAAAUGAUAUGGGUAUAAGUGAUUAUAGUCGUGCGACAAAUUAUAUUCGAACAAAAGAAAACGUACCAUUAAUUCAACCAAAAAUUGAUUAUAUAUCAACAAAUCAACCAUGUCAAAUUGAUAUUUAUCUUAAAAAUUUUGGUUCAUUUGAUAAUAAUAAUACUCGUUUAAAAGUUUUAAUGAAAUCAAUUUCAAAUGAAAAUAUAUUUCAAAAAAGUUAUCAUUCAAUUAAUGAAGAUUAUUCUAUACGUUUGAAUAAUCUAUGUAAAGAUUCAAACAUGAAUGAUACUCAUGUUUUAUAUAUUUGUUUGAAUAAUCCAAUUGGUGAUGGGCCACUUUCAUUUGCACAUUAUUUUCAUAUACAAUCAUCUGCACCAACUCAUAUAUCAAUUAAUUCUGUAAAUGUUACUGUUUUAAGUUCAACAGAAAUAUUAAUUCAAUGGAAUAUUAAUCAUAUAUUACCAUCGAUGAAUUAUCGAAUACGAUGGAUAGCAGCUAAUGAAACAAAUAAAGAAAAAAAUUUAAUUACAUCAUAUAAUGAAUCAAAUGUCAUUUUGGAUAAUCUUAUUCCUUUUACUUUUUAUAAAAUUAUGAUUAAUAUAUUUAAUAUUAAUGGAGAUGGACCAAUACGUGAAGCUGAUUUAGUACGAACGAAUGAAGAUGCACCUGGUCCAAUUGAACAACUAAUAUUCUCAUAUGUUACAUUUACAUCAUUACAAGUCGAUUGGCAAGCACCAAAAUCUUUAAAUGGUAUUCUUCGUUCAUAUGAUUUAACAUAUGAUAAUCGUUUAUCAUUUUCUUCAUUAAUAAAUACAUCAACAACACGUGUUAAAACUAUUAAACAACUUUUAUCUCCAAAUAUAACAUCAUUACGUAUUGAUGAAUUAGAUCCAUAUCAAUAUUAUGAAUUUUCAUUAUGUGCUUGUACAAUUCAAUGUGGUUCAUGUAUAUAUAAAUCUAUUCAAACAGGUUCACAAAAAAAUUCACCAUUACCACCCUAUGAUAUAUUUAUAAAUAAAAAUAAUGAAUUAAUAUGGAAAUCAUCAAUAAAAUCUGAAUAUUAUCUUAUUGAAUUAUCAAAUGAUUAUGGUCAUACAUGGAAAUUUAUUGAUCAAACAUUAAAAUCUCCAUAUUAUUUAAAUUUAAAUAGAUUUCAAUUAAAUAAUAAUAAUAAUUCAAAUGAAUAUUAUAUUCGUAUAUAUUCAGUUAAUCGUAAUGGUAUAAGUGAAUCAAGUCAAAUAUAUAAAUAUAAUUUAACAACAUUAUCAUCAUCAUCAUCAUUAUCAUUAAUAAAUCCAUUUAAAUUUCUAUCAAAUAUAUAUACAUUUAUACGUACAAAUCAUUUGUUUUUUUAUAUUAUUAUUUGUUUAAUUAUACUUCUUUUAUUUAUGUUUAUAUGUAUAAUAAUAACAUGUUGUUGUUGUUAUCGUAUGAAAUUAAAUAAAACAAAAUUAUUACAAUCAACAAAUACAUUAUCAUCAAAUUUAAAUAUAGCUGAAUCAAAACAAAGUUUAUAUACAACAUCAACAUUAUUAACACCAAUUAAAAAAGAAUUAACAAUACAACGUCAUCGUGAUAGUUUAGCAUUAAGUGAUUUAUUAUAUAAUAAUUUUUCAAGUCGUUCACCACCACGUCCAAUACCAACACCAAUUGUUUAUGAUGAUUUAACAAGUACAAAAAGUUUAUUAAAUAAUAAUACAACAAAUCAUUCAAUUGAAGAUAAUCAACAAUCAACAACGGACUAUUCAUGGUAUCAUUCAUUACCACAACAAUUAUAUACAUAUAUGACAAAUAAUCAUUUAUCAAAUCGAAUUCUAGAAGAAAAUGAAAAUGAUGAAACUGAUUUAACAGUUGCAUUUAAUGGUGCUAUUUUAAUGAAUAAUGUACCACGAUCAAGAGCAGCUGUUAAUGGAUGUUCAUCAUUUGCACUUUAA